AUGGAACCUAACAAUGUUGAGAAUGACGGGGGUGAUUGUGAUUGGAAGCAUAGAGUUCGCAUGACAUUUGAUACAGAACAAGAAGCAUAUGAUUUCUAUAAUGCUUAUGGAGGAAGGUUGGGCUUUAGUAUUAGAAGGGGUUAUGUAAACAAGAGCAAAGAGGGGCAAAUCACUUCAAGGCAAUUUAUUUGUAAUAAGGGGGGAUUUCGGGUUAUCGACAAGCGAGAACCAUUAACAAAAAAUCCUAGGCAGGAAGUGAGGACUGGUUGUCAAGCCCGACUUGUCAUUAAGUGGGAUAGGAAUAUUCCGAAAUUUUUUGUUAGUGAUUUUGUUGAACAACAUAAUCAUAUCUUUGUACUAGCAGAAUGUACGCAUAUGUUACCAUCCCAAAGGAAGAUAUCUGCAUCACAGGCAACCAAAAUAGAUUUAGUCGAAAAAUCUAGAAUCCGUCUUAAUGCUGCAUUUGAGCUCGUGGGUAAUGAAGUUGGUGGAAGGGAGUCGCUUGGGUUCACAAAACUGGACCAAAAAAAUUAUUUGAGAACGAAGAGGCAAAGCAGUUUAGCAUAUGGGGAGGCAGGUAGCAUUUUGCAAUAUUUGUGA